AAUAGGGCCCUUGCUGUGUGCCAGGUGCUGUGCUAAGCACUUCCAAUGCUCACGAAUCCCUAUGAGGUAGGUAAAACCAUGUGAAAACAGGCACAGAAAGGUCCAGUAAUGUGCCCAAAGCUACACUGCUAGUCUUUGGUGGAAGCAAACUUUCUUCUCUGGCUGAUCCUAGAAGUGCCUCUUUUCUUGCUACUCUGUGUCCCUUCACUAAGGAAGGACCCAUAUCCCUAACCCUACUACAAACAGUGUUCUUUUGAAAUGGAACUGGCUACUGAAAUCCAUUUCUAACCCACGGAAGAUAGCUCUCGGAAGGAGGUGAGGGGCUGUGGAAGUGUCUAGUGGAGCUCUUGCAGCUUUUACUCCCAUACCCCCAGUCCGCAUACAAAUGCAGAUCUUCCAUAAAUACCCUUCCCAUUUUCCUCCCUAUUACCCUGUUGGGACAAAUAGGCGAGAACCAUUCCCACUUCACAAAAGGAGAAAUAAGAUUAAGGAGUUAAAUAACCUGCCCAAGGCACUGGCCCUGAACCCUAGUAUUCUCCCUGGGAAUCUGGGGGACAUAUUAAAUGCCCUACCAGGACACUACUGGGAAGGGCACUAGUGUUGAUGGCCCUAAUAGCACAGAGCUCUGAGGAGGGACCCAGCCAGGAGACAGUCACACAGCCUGUCACACAAUCCAGCUGGGAAGCAGCAGAUGAUUAGCAGUGGACGCCCAGAUGAAGCUGACAAACAUUGGGAUGCUGCCUUCACUUGGGAUUGAUCACCAAAGGAUGGGGAAGGGGAAUCUCAGCCCUGGGGAGGCUGGUGCAGGGAUACUGAGGGCCUGGUUGGCACUGACAGGUUUCAGAGUGGGCCAUUUUGGCUGAUCAGGUGGCGCUUGGCGCAGAUACUGGGAAGACAAGGCCACUUAAUCGCCUUUUCAAAGCUGGGGCCUGAGAGUAAGUAGAGGGAGAAAACUACAACUCCCAGAAUCCCCUGCUCCCCGCCCAGCCUGGGAUAGUUGCUAUGGUUUCAGAAAACAAUAUGGCUGCUCCCAGCAGGGAGAAGAGUCUUCGGAUUAGAGAGGCAGAGGCAGGUCUGGUCGCAGUCAGUGGCGAGAGAAGAGGCACCUGAGGGAUCGUGAAGUUGGGGCUGGACUCUGCACGGCUGGAACGGCCUGGCCUUGCCUUGCCGGGGGUGCCAAUGGCGGGCAGCGUGGACGAGGAGGCGCUGCACCAGCUGUACCUGUGGGUAGACAACAUCCCUCUGUCCCGGCCCAAGCGAAAUCUCUCCAGGGACUUCAGUGACGGAGUCCUGGUCGCAGAAGUCAUCAAGUUUUACUUCCCCAAGAUGGUGGAGAUGCACAAUUAUGUCCCUGCCAACUCUCUCCAACAGAAGCUCAGCAACUGGGGUCACCUAAACAGGAAGGUGCUGAACAAACUGAACUUCUCCGUACCAGAGGAUGUGAUGCGCAAAAUCGCGCAAUGCGCGCCGGGCGUGGUGGAGUUAGUGCUCAUUCCGCUGAGGCAGCGCCUGGAGGAGCGGCAGAGGCUCAGGAAGCAGCGCAUGAGCUCCUUACAGGAGCUGGCUCCCCAGGAUGGCACUGGCUACAUGGAUGUGGGUUUGUCCCAGAAGGCCCGAGGGGAAGGUGCCCUAGACCCCCAGGAAGGGGGGCAGGUCAGGGGGGGCCGGCUGCCCGUGCCCGGGCCUCCGGGAUAUGGCCAGGCAGUGCAGGGCGGCGACCCAAGCUUCGUCCUCCAGAUCGCUGAAAAAGAGCAGGAGUUGUUGGCUUCUCAGGAGACCGUGCAGGUUCUGCAGAUGAAGGUGAGGCGUUUGGAGCACUUGCUUCAGCUCAAGAACGUGCGCAUUGACGACCUCUCCCGGCGGCUCCAGCAGGCAGAGCGUAAGCAGCGGAGAAUGGACCGCUUUCCAGAACCCAGAAGCCACGUGCAGAGACCUCGCAUGCUCCCCAAAGCAGUGCCCAGCACCAGGGGCUCCGCUUUGGUGCUCCCUGCUGUGGGCCUUGGGGGGUGGUGCCCCGGCUCGGUCCACACCCUUAGAAACAGGUCCCAGCCCAGCUCUGAAGACAGCGGCAUCUCCAUCCAGGCUAGCUGUCUGUGCUCUGGGCUGGGGAGGAAGUUGCCCCAGGCAGCCAAGGGAGAUCCUUGCCUCUCCUGGAAGCUCACCUGGGACCCAAGUCGAGGAUGGAGAACACAGCAGCUGGAGAAGAAGGGGUGAGGAGUGGGGUUCAGCCAGGAGUGGGGAAGACAUGGACUAUGUCUGUCCCAAUCACCCUCUCCUCCUGUGGGGGGACCUUUGAGAAUGCUUGGAAGUUAUGGG